GGGAGGCUAGUGGGAGGAGAAGAGCUGAAGGGGCUAUAUAACCUCAGAGCUUUCAGAUACAGAGUGCACCAUCCCAGAGCAGCUAACCCCAGCCAAGCACUGUCAGGGGCUGUUUUCUGUCUGGAGGGCCAGAGGACACUGACAUAGAAGAUGUGUGAGGAAGAAGACAGCACUGCCCUUGUGUGUGACAAUGGGUCAGGGCUCUGUAAAGCUGGCUUUGCCGGGGAUGACGCUCCAAGAGCAGUUUUCCCAUCCAUUGUGGGUCGUCCGAGGCACCAGGGUGUGAUGGUUGGUAUGGGUCAAAAAGACAGCUACGUAGGUGAUGAGGCUCAAAGCAAGAGAGGAAUCCUGACCUUGAAAUACCCCAUAGAACAUGGCAUCAUUACGAACUGGGAUGACAUGGAGAAGAUCUGGCAUCACUCUUUCUACAAUGAGCUCCGGGUUGCACCUGAAGAACACCCGACUCUGCUGACUGAAGCACCACUGAAUCCCAAAGCCAACCGUGAGAAAAUGACCCAGAUUAUGUUUGAGACAUUUAAUGUGCCAGCCAUGUAUGUAGCUAUUCAAGCUGUUCUGUCCCUCUAUGCCUCUGGACGUACCACAGGGAUCGUGCUUGACUCCGGGGAUGGUGUCACCCACAACGUGCCAAUUUACGAAGGCUAUGCCCUGCCACACGCCAUCAUGCGUCUGGACCUGGCGGGCCGUGACCUGACAGACUACCUCAUGAAAAUCCUGACAGAGCGUGGAUACUCCUUUGUGACCACUGCGGAGCGUGAAAUUGUCCGUGACAUCAAGGAGAAACUGUGUUACGUGGCCCUGGACUUUGAAAAUGAGAUGGCCACUGCUGCAUCUUCCUCCUCUCUGGAAAAAAGCUAUGAGCUUCCUGAUGGUCAGGUGAUCACCAUUGGAAACGAACGCUUCCGCUGCCCAGAGACCCUCUUCCAGCCAUCUUUCAUUGGCAUGGAGUCUGCUGGCAUUCACGAAACCACUUACAACAGCAUCAUGAAAUGUGACAUAGACAUCAGAAAGGAUCUUUAUGCCAACAACGUGCUGUCUGGAGGCACUACAAUGUACCCGGGUAUUGCAGACAGGAUGCAGAAGGAAAUAACUGCUUUGGCUCCUAGCACUAUGAAGAUCAAGAUCAUUGCUCCUCCUGAACGCAAGUAUUCUGUCUGGAUUGGAGGUUCUAUUCUUGCCUCCCUGUCUACUUUCCAGCAGAUGUGGAUCAGCAAACAGGAAUAUGAUGAAGCUGGCCCAUCCAUUGUUCACCGCAAAUGCUUUUAAAUUGCUUUGUCUUUAUAUGUCUCCUUCGUGUGAAUGUAUUCAGGAAAAUACAUUCUUAUAAUUUCAUUCCAUAAAUCCGUCAUCGUAAUUAAUCUAAUUAAUUGGAUACUGUGUAUUUUUUUAAAAUAAAUUUUAAUUAUGCUAUGAAAUUGCUGCUCCUAUUUAAACAAACAAAACCAAAAGCCAAGCUGUGCAUGUGUGGAGAUGCCAUUAUGGCUGGUCUGAAGCACCAUCUUGUGACAUGAAUUUGUUACUACACUGUACUGGGCUUAACAGAAAAGGGGUACCUUUACCUCCUCAAUGAUACCAAUGCCAGAAAAUGCUUACCUAUCAGGCUGCACGUUCUCAAAGUUCAGCCUCAGAAAACAUUUUAAUUUGCAAACAGAACAUGUUGUGGUUUUUUCCAAAGUUCUGGGCCAGUACCAAAGGAGCAUAGCAUGUGUCCGAUAUCAGGAUGAGCAUGGGCACUCUGCUUUGCAUCUGCUCUAUCCGGAAAUAUUCUAUCUCUACGUCACUUCUUAAUUCACAGCUGUCAUGCUGGAAAAUCUAAUUGCUUACAGGACAUGGCCCAGAGGUGUACAAUGUGUACCACAACAUUUCUUUGAAGAAACAAAACCUGUUCCUUUGGGAGCAUAUCUAAACAUUAAUAUUAGGUUGAACAUAUGCCCUCAGGAUGAGUGCAGCCUAUUAUUUUUAUGUUGUGAUUUCUAGCAAGAUCUAAAGAGUAAUUAAGCUGGCUUAAUACACUUUCUCUUCAGAACUUUUUUUUAGGGGGGCUGGUGGGUGAGUAAUGUAAUCAAAGUAGCUAAAAUAAUUUAGACAAUUUUCUUUUUCUGUGAUUUUUCUGAUUCCUUUUGUAAUCUUAAAUACAUCAAAACUGAUAGUCAGCUAAAAGCAUAUGCACAGAAGCUGAAGCCAGUAAUACUAUCUGAAAAGUAUAUAUAUAUAUAUAUAUAUAUGAAUAAAGAAUUCACUGAGACAGACCUGGAAAAGGUCACUUCUAAGGAACUUGCUGCAAUCUGUAUUCAUUAGAGUUCAGGAUAAAGGAUGCUAUUUAUUUUUGUUAACCUGUUUUCCUCCCUAAACUCAGUAGUUUAUCUCACUUGCCUGUUACUUGUUAUCUUUCAAACUGUAAGCUCUUUGCAACAGCACCUGUUAUUUACCUGCAUAACCCCGGAGUUCCAGAUCUUGUCCAGCUUCUGAGUGUUAGCACAUGUUGCAAACCUCUUUGUACUAACCUCGCAUUUAAAGUAUAGGUCAUCUAAGUUCUUGGAACAAUUACUAAAUAAACUCUUGUAAAAGCAAA